UUUUCAGAUUUAUAGCUUAUGCUCUUAUGACACUGCUACGAGCCACUUUCUUUCUGCUAUUGUUAACAUUGGGGUCUUCUAUAAUUGGCUAUUGGCCCCAGACAAAAUGGCCCGAAGGAAAAUUUGCACUUCCUUCAACUCGAGCUCAAGUUAAUAACUCGACAACAAAUGAUGAUGACUGUGGACUGAAUUGUUGUCCUGAGUCGAGCGACUUCGCAUUCGAGAUAGGAACACGAGUGUUUGACUGUGAAGAUACUAAGCCUGUCUCCGCCCACUCCGUGUCAAUGCAUCUGGAACUCAGGCUGGACUCUGAAAAGGAUAUUCAUUUGUCUUUUUGCAGUAAAACUGUUACCUUAAAGGACAAAGACCUGACGGGAGGCCCAUGGCCCAAUGGCCAGUAUUGUUUCUACCAAGUUGAUGACAGCUGUCCGGAUGGUUUUGAAGAUGGUUGGAUACUAUGGCAGGACGAGAGGAACCAAAACAGAAACUCGUGGCGGGGUGUAAUGCCUACCGGUCAGUACGAUCUUCCAGCUCAAACCAAGAUGAACUUCUGCUGCAUAACCACCGGCGAUCCAGACAUUCCUGUGGAACUGCCCAGAGGCAGGAAUUUCGCCCUGUUAAAAUACGGAGACACUUGUCAGAAAGUGGAAGGGACGCAGGUUCGAACCGAGUAUAUUCUUUGGGACAACGACGAGAGAGACCUGAGUCAGCCGAAAUUCGGCGGAACAAUCCCACAAGAGGGGGUCACUGACCUAGGAGAUGUGAAAUUGGAGUUCUGUUACUACACCAAGAUCUCUUAUUGCGGCGACCCUGGUAUCCCCGAACAUGGCCAGGUUGGGGGAGAAAAGUUUAACGAGGGCAGCACUUUGAACUUCUCCUGUGACGAGGGUUACAAACUGGAGGGUUACGAUCGGAUCACGUGUUUGAGCCGGGAACUGUGGAAUGCUGAGCUGCCCUCUUGUCGAGAAAUAAAGAACUGUGAAGAGAAUAACGGAGGUUGUGACCACGUUUGUAUUGAUUUAGAGGCUGGGAAACAUGAGUGCCGGUGUAAUCCAGGAUACGAAUUGAUUGAUGAUACGAGAUGUCAGGACAUUGACGAGUGUUCAGAUCCAGAUGUGGCCGGAGAAUGUGAACAUCGCUGCGUCAACGACAGGGGCAGUUACCACUGUGAUUGUGAUACCGGAUAUGAACUGGACCCUGAUGACCGGUCCUGUAGUGAUGUGGACGAGUGUUAUGACGAGUCCAGCUGUGAUCAGAACUGUCACAACUUCGAGGGAGGCCACGAGUGUAGUUGCUAUGAAGGCUACGAAAUAGGAAGUCCAAGGAACAAGUGUAUUGACAUAGACGAGUGCGAGCUUAUCCCAAGAAAAUGUGACCAAGUGUGCAACAACCGCGAGGGAAGCUAUAGAUGUAGCUGUAUUGAUAAGUUUGAGCUUGACGGGGAUGGGAGCACCUGUGUGCCCAUUGAUCCCUGUCUGAAAUCUCACAACAACUGCGAUCAGCUUUGUCAGAGAGUAGGAGAGAGAGACUACCAGUGUGGCUGUACAGACGGGUACGAACUCCUGGAAGACAGAAGAACUUGCGUCGAUAUCAACGAGUGUCUAAGCGACAAAACGAACAAAUGCCAACAGGAAUGCACCAAUGUAGAGGCAGGAUAUGAAUGCCAUUGCAAGCCCGGUUAUGUGUUGGACAAGGACAGCUACACCUGCAACGAUAUCGAUGAGUGCGCAUGUGACGACGAUAGUGGAUGUGGGGGCUGUGAGCAACUUUGUGUUAACACUGAAGGCAGCUUUCACUGCAGCUGUAAAAGCGGUUACGUACCCCUCCGACGAGAUGCUAGUCUUUGUGUCAUUCCGUGGUCUAAGUUUGAUCCUUGCUUGGCGGGCGAAUGUUUGGACGUGAAGAAUGCUGACUGUAUACGAAGAGAUAAAAACGAAACCUUCUGUCAGUGUAAACUUGGCUUUUACCAGGGGAACGAUGAUUACGGAAAGAUGGAAUGUGUUAAAGAGCACUGCGAUGAGAACCCUUGUCCAGCUGGACACACUUGUGAAGAGAGGCCAGACGACAGAAUAUGUAUCCCAAUUGAUGGUGAAGCUCCAGUUUCGAAGAACCAGAGCGGGGGUAACGAUAGUGUUAAGAACAUCAUUAUCAUCACUGUUGCUGUAGUGGUGGCUUGGUUCAUCAUUAUAACCAUCAUAAUACUGAUAAUCAGGAAGAGGAGAUUCAAGAAAAAGAAGCCCCGUCCUAAUGGUUACACGAACAUAGCUGGUUACCCAGUCGUCCCAUCUCUCCCCAACAAUCUUCCAAUGAACCGAUCCAGCCUGCUGGAUAACCCGAUAUACCAUGCUAGUUCAUACACAGCACGGGAAUCUGGCGAGCACGAGUACGAAGAGCUCGACAAAUUGGGCCACCGUCGCAAGAAGUUUGCCAGCAACAGUUACGAUCAGGGGAUAAACAAUGUACUGGAGUACAAUGACGACGGAGAGCCAUAUUCGUACGCGGUAACCCCAGGACCUCCUCCCCCUCUCAUAUCCUUCCUCCCCCUGUCCCUCCCCCUGUCAUUACGCCUGAGUACGUGUGAUCCUCUUGGUAUGCCCUCCCAACAGGGGUUCACAACGUCACGAUGCAGUGUGGUAGCCAUAGAAACGCCUAGACAGCAAAGAGAGGUGUCGUAACUCACGAAAGAAGAAAGUUCCCUGUACAUAUAGUUUGACCGCAGACACUUGAAAUGAAGAACUGCGAGUCCAUACUGACAAUCAGCUAAUAAAUUAAUUGGCUUGACUCCAGCGCGCUGCUAUUUUUAUUGUACAUUUCUUGAUGUUUGAAAAUUUUCUCAGUUAUGAUGAUUGUUUACCAUUGACUUAAAUUUAUCCUCCAUGAAAAAC